AUGAAAGAGAAUGAGAGACUUGUCAAGAAAGAGAAGGAAAGGAGGGAGAGGAGGAAAAAAGCAGAGGAGAAAAGACGUGAAGAAGAGGAGGAGAGGAGGAGAGAGAGACUCUUGAAGGAGCCGCAGGAAAAGGAGGCUGAGAUGAAGAAAAAAAGGGAAGAGGAGGAGAAGAGACUUAGAGAGGAGAAAGAGAAAAUGAGAAUAAAGGAGGAAGAAGACAGGACAAAUAAAGAAGUGGAACAGAAGAAGGAAGAGAUGGAAAUGAGGAGGAAGAAAGAGGAGGAAGACAAAAGGAGAAAGGAGGCCAACAAGUCAGAUGAGGACAAGCAGAAGAUGAAGACUCCUUCUCUGCCACUUCCUCAGCUAAACACUGACCUCCUUCCUCCCAGUCUCACACACCUGCCCACAGUGGCUCCUAAAGAUGGACCACAGACUCCACUUCCUGCUCCUCUCCUCCCUCCUCCGGAGACAACCAGCUGUACAUCCGAGCAACGGUCAUAUCAAACUCUCCUCCAAUCACAAGACAGAGGCAUGACCCUUCAAUCUGUCAAUAAAUCAAGCUCCGCCUCCAAUGAGCGUUUGGGGCAACCCUCUCUGUUAAAGGAAGGUUCAUUGCCAAAAACUGUUGGCCCAGAAAAGAAAAUAUCUGCCACAUGUCCUCCACGAGGCCCCACUUUUCAGGAUAAACCUUUCACAUUAGAGGUGUUGACCCUGGUGCCAGCUCCACAGAGGCGGUCUGAUGCAGAGACUCCUGUGUGGAAAUCGCUAGAAGGGAGAAAUGAGAAAGAUAUACCUGAAAAAUGCUCUGUCAACGAGGGUACAAAAACUUUGUGCAGAGGCUCACAAAAACAAGAUGCUGCUGAGGUGGACACAGCUGUGAAGCAGGAGCCCCAGCCAAUCACAACAAAAGACUCAGAAACACCUCACAUUGUCCCAACUCCAGCUGAACCCGGCGCACCACCAAACAAAGAGCAGCCCAAAGAGCCAGGAGGACCCAGCAUGGAACCAGAAACCUCAACCGAAGUUUCCCCCAAACCAGCCUUUGAGCAUACGGCUUUGGCGCUGGAGUCGCUGCUUCCCUCAAAACCAGAACCAGAACUGCGGCAGGAACAAGUCCUCCAGCCGGGGAAACCACAACAGGAGGGAGCAGAUGAGGGGAAACCAUCCGAGGCCGUGACUGGUGGUCAGGAGAGUCUCAUCGACAAUAAGGAGCCAGUGUGUGAGGCGGAGAAGCAGCUGUGGGCGGCAGUGGAGGAGACCACAGCGGAAAGAGGGACGGAGAGUAGUGAGAACACUGAAGAGAAGGAUGAGAAGAAGGAGGAAGAGGGUGGUGUAAUAGGGGGUGCCCAGAAAUGUGCACACACAGAGGCAGAUGUGUGUGUUGCGGAGCAGCAGAAGGAGGCUCCGGCUGGCUUCAUGUCAGCGGUAGUUGGGGUGUUUUAUAGAGGGUGA